CCUUGUCGUACUUUGUGUCGGUGAUUAGCUCUAUGAGAAACAGAUCGCGUGGGCUAUGGGCGCGCCCGAGAGCGAACGACAGGCCAUUAUGGGCAUUCGACCCCCAAAAUCGUACACCAGUCCGCCGAGGAAUAAGGCAGGGUUUGAUGUAUUGAAGAUGGAUGUUACCAAGCAUCUGACCAAAGUGUUGAAACCAAGGUUUGUGUUCAGUGGCCAUACCCACAACCACUGCACAUUCGUACAGCCGGGCUGCCACACGCCCGAAUUGACGGUGUCGACGUUUAACUGGCGAAAUAGACAUGAUCCGAGCUUUGUUCUCUCGGUCAUUGCUCCGCAAAAAGACAGAGACCCUAAAGAGCGAGUGAAUAUUGGCGGCAAACGCCAAUCCUCCACCAUAGACGACACCGCCGAUGUCGAGAGUCUACUGCAAGCACACAUUGACAAAACAGUUGCUGGUAAUGAUGUACUGCAGCGUGUGGAAGGUCUAGACGAGUUCUAUUUCGGCGCGGGAGGUGUGCGCUCUGUGCGCUGCAAAGCUCCAGACGAAAACACUGUGUACCUGCUAUACGCAACCGCUGUGUGCAUACUUGUACUGUCUCUAGUAGAAAUGUACUGUUUCUCUGUAUAUGGAGCGAUGAGACGAGCGUUGUGGUGUGAUGUGAUAGUAGAGGAGAUACGUGAAUCUAGUGGGGGGUGUUGCAAUAGUCCAGCGGCGCCGAAGGAGGAUUGAGACGCACUUAGGAAGUAUAGUUAAAGCUGUAAAAGUGGGAAAUGUAGCGUUAUUCCAGCACACAGUGACCCGGGGAGAUCAGGAUUGGUUUUCAUUAUGACACAAAUGAUACUUAGUUAAUUAGUAGGAAUGGUUGGCCUGCAGUAAAUAAAACAUCGAUAAAGAUUACCGGGUUGCUAAUGUAG